AUGAACAAGCUACUACUAUUGCUGGACCGAUUGACGUCUACACAAGCUAUUCCGGAACCUCACGUACCAAGAAACACUCCCGAGCAGAUCAUCGAGUCCCUUUCUGUGACAAUCAAGGAGUUUCAUCAUAAUCCAGCCGAAGGUAUGACGUUCGACCGAUGGUUUUCGAAGUAUGAAGAUUUAUUCAGCGCAGACGGGAGAGAAUUGGACGACGCAGCAAAAAUUCGUUUACUGAUGCGAAGUCUCAGCGUUCCAGUUCAUGAAAAGUUUUUAAACUAUCUCCUGCCCCGACACCCACGAGAUUUUACAUUUGAAGAAGUUGUGAAGAAACUGAAAAGCGUUUUUGGACUUCAUAAAUCUCAAUUCAGUCAACGAUAUGAUUGUCUCAGGAUUGUGAAAAACGAAGUAGAUGACUAUGUAACUUACGCUGGUAUAGUCAAUCGCCAGUGUGAGGACUUCGAAUUGAACAACUUGGCAAUUGACCAGUUCAAGGCUCUAAUUUUCAUUUGCGGACUUCAAGCUUCCAAAGAUGCAGACGUUAGAACAAGAUUACUGUCCAAGCUGGAAACAGACGCAGCAGCAAUGGUAAAUCUUGAGACUUUAGUCACCGAAUGCCAGCGAUUAUCGAAUCUCAAACACGAUACCGCUCUGGUGGAAAAGAAGCAGUCAUCUCUAUCGGUUCAAGCAGUUCGGCAACCAAAGCAGCAGAAACUCGCUAGUUCUCAUCAUUCAAGUGAGAAGACUCCUCGAACACCGUGUUGGCAAUGCGGUGCCAUGCAUUUCGUCAAGGUAUGUCCGUUCUCAAGUCUCUUAUGCAAACAAUGCAACAAGACCGGACACAAAGAAGGUUAUUGUAGCUGUUUCACUAAAGCAACAAAGUCCGAAGCAAUACCCGAAUCUUCAGCAAAAGGAAAUCAACAAAAAAAGCAUAAAGGUAAAAGUCGUUAUCAAUCAAACCACAUCCUUUCCGUCAACGAGGUUAAGGCAUCCAACCGGAAGUUUGUCACUGUAUUCAUUAAUGGCAAAACCGCUCAUCUACAACUUGAUUGUGGUUCAGAUAUCACUAUUGUCUCUGUUCAUUCGUGGAAGAAGCUCGGUUCACCAACAAUCACCAAAACUUCUCAUCGGGCAAACACAGCUUCGGGUACUGCUCUACCUCUAAAAGGAGAAUUCAAAUGCCUAAUGACCAUCAAUGAUGAAUCUAGAUCUGGUACGUGCUACGUGACUUCAGUGAAAGAUUUGAAUCUGCUUGGUCUCGAUUUCAUAGAAGCAUUUGAUCUCUGGAACAAGCCGUUUGCCUCCAUCUGCAAUCAGGUAUUACAAUCAAAAAUUCAACCUGAGUGUGGACAUCGUUUUGCCAACCGAUUCCCGGAAGUAUUUGAAGACACAUUAGGACAUUGUACGCAAACGAGAGUACAAUUAUUUCUGAAACCAAACUCCAUGCCGGUAUUUCGUCCGAAGAGGCCAGUACCAUUCCACGCCAUCCAGAAAGUCAACGAAGAACUAGAUCGUCUACAGAAGCUCAACAUCAUCACUCCAGUUGAUUUUUCUGAAUGGGCAGCGCCUAUCGUUGUUGUGAAAAAACCAGGUGGAAAAGUUCGAAUUUGUGCAGACUAUUCGACCGGUCUGAAUGCUGUUUUAGAACCACACCAUUACCCUCUUCCAACACCCGAUGACAUCUUCAGCAAAUUAGCGGGUAGUAAGGUUUUCAGUGUCAUUGAUUUGUCCGACGCUUACUUACAAGUUGAAGUUGAUGAUGAAUCGAAAAAGCUUCUGACAAUUAACACUCAUCGUGGAUUGUACCGUUUCAAUCGAUUGGCUCCUGGAGUAAAAUCUGCACCUGGCGUAUUCCAGCAGCUAAUGAGUAGUUUGAUUGCAGACAUCAAUGGAGUUGAAUCUUUCCUGGACGAUUUCAUUAUACACACUACGACCGAUGCUGAACACGAGCGAACGCUGAAUGCUUUGUUUAGUCGACUUCAACAGUUUGGAUUCCGUCUACGGUUGGAAAAGUGUAAUUUUGGCCAAUCCAGUAUCAAGUUCAUUGGUCAUAUAAUUGAUGCAAAGGGUAUUCGACCAGAUCCAACAAAAAUCAGUGCUAUUGUGCAGAUGCCCUGUCCCACCGAUGUUAGUCAGAUUAGAUCGUUUUUGGGAGCUGUCAACUUUUACGGUAAAUUUGUCAGAGAAAUGCACAAAUUACGAAGACCCCUGAACAAUUUACUAAAAAAAGACAAUCCGUUUGUUUGGAGUCAACAGUGUCAAGAAGCUUUCAUCAACAUCAAGAAAGUACUUCAAUCGGAUCUCCUACUUACUCAUUAUAACCCUGCUCUAAACAUUGUCGUUGCUGGUGAUGCCUCAAAGACAGGAAUUGGUGCCGUUAUCAUGCAUCAGUUUCCUGAUGGUCAAAUGAAAGCCGUUGCUCAUGCAUCAAGAACACUUACGCAAGCGGAACAAAAUUACAGUCAAAUCGAAAAAGAAGCGCUAGCUCUGGUAUUUGCCGUAACCAAAUUUCGUCGGAUGCUACUGGGUCGUCAAUUCAAGCUUCAAACCGAUCAUCAACCGCUUCUGAAAGUGUUUGGAUCGAAAAAGGGAAUUCCACUUCACACAGCGAAUCGUCUCCAGAGAUGGGCACUAACAUUACUUGGAUUUGAUUUCAAAGUGGAAUACAUUCCUACUGACCAAUUCGGACAUGCAGACGUUCUCUCCCGAUUAAUCAAUAAUCAUGCAAAACCAGAUGAAGAAUGUGUUAUUGCGUCAAUAUGCAUCGAAGAAGAUAUGAACACCACUUUGGGUGACACGUUUCAGAAUCUUCCAGUCACGUUCGAAAUGGUUCAUUCAGCCACAAAUAAAGACAAAAUUUGGAACAGGUGA